AUUUUUUCAUCUCUAUUGAUUACACAUGUAACACCCCCAUGACCAAAAAGUAAACCUAAACAACUUUUUUUUCUGUAAAAUAAAAGUCUUCUGGAGAAUUAUGGAAGAUAUUUUUCAUUGGUGUAGAGAAGGAAACGCGAUCCAGAUGAGAUUAUGGUUAGAUGAAGUUGAACAUGACAUGAAUCAAGGAGACGAUCACGGAUUUAGUCCCCUUCACUGGUGUGCAAAGGAAGGACAUACGAAACUAGUCGAUAUGCUACUUCAAAGAGGUGCUAGAGUAAACGCUACGAACAUGGGCGAUGAUAUACCUUUACAUCUUGCUGCAGCCCAUGGUCAUAAGGAAAUCGUAAUCAUGUUAUUAAAAGAAAAAUCAGAUGUAAAUGCCACAAACGAACAUGGUAAUUCUGCUUUACAUUACGCAUGCUUUUGGAGUUAUGAAGAUAUUUGUGAAGAAUUAAUAAAUUAUGGUGCAUUAGUGCUGCUGGCCAAUAAAGAUGGUGACACUCCUUUAGAUAAAGCCAAACCGGUUCUUGCAAAACAAUUACAUGAUUUCGCCGAAUCCAACGGUCAGGAAUUAAAAAAAAUAAGCUUCAAAGACCAAAGUUGGUUGGGUUUAAAAACCAGAUCGCGUGAUGCAACUCUUUCUAGAUUUAAGGGAAUCAAUGCUACUGAUCUUGAUCUUCAUAGCAAGUUGGCGGUGAGUUCAUCCGGCGAAACUUGGCGUGGUCGCUGGCAGAAAAACGAUAUAAUUGCGAAGAUAUUAAAUAUACGUAAUUUAACUGCAAGAAUUUCAAGAGAUUUCAACGAAGAAUUUCCAAAAUUAAGAAUUUUUUCGCAUCCAAAUAUAUUACCCAUAAUUGGGGCCUGUAAUACUCCUUUAAACCUUAUUGUUAUAAAUCAGUAUAUGCCUCGUGGCUCCUUGUUUAAUUUAUUACAUGGUGCUGCAGGUGUUGUUGUUGACACUUCUCAAGCUGUUCGAUUCGCGCUUGACAUAGCUCGGGGAAUGGCUUAUUUACAUUCUCUGGAAAAAAUUCUUCCAAUUUAUUAUCUCAACAGUCACCAUGUUAUGAUUGAUGAUGAUUUAACUGCUCGAAUAAACAUGGGAGAUGCGAAAUUUUCUUUCCAAGAAAGGGGUCGUAUUUUUCAACCACAAUGGAUGGCUCCUGAAGCCUUGCAGCGUAAACCUGCAGAUAUAAAUUGGGAAGCUUGUGAUAUGUGGAGUUUUGCUAUUUGUAUAUGGGAGCUCUCGACAAGGGAAAUUCCGUUCUCUGGUUUUUCGCCGAUGGAAUGUGGAUCUAAAAUUGCCUUAGAAGGUCUUCGAAUAAAAAUUCCGAUGGGAACAUUAUUUCAUUUGUCCAAAUUAAUUCAAAUAUGUAUGAACGAAGAUCCGGGAAAGAGACCAAAGUUUGAAAUGGUAAUCCCAAUUUUGGACAAAAUGAAAAGAUAGAAAAGAUUCGUAUAACUAAUCUAUUAGUUACUUUAAACUUACUCAAGGUUUAAAGUAAUUUUUUAACUAUUUUAAUAUAAUUUUAACACAAUUUUAAAUAUUAAUCAUUUUAAAUUAUAUGUUGCCACUUCAAUUUUUGUUUAGAAAAUUUGGAAAAAAAUAUGGGCUAAUGAUAUCCAAUGUAAAAAUUCAUUAAUUUUUGUAGUAACGGUUCCCAAAAUAUUUUCAAAAAAUUUACAGUUCAGUUGAAAUGCAUUUUAAUUUUUCAAUAGAUUUCAAUUCUCGAAUCUCGUUUAAUAAAAACUUCAAAACUUUCUGGCAGAAUUGCCCGAAAUUGCUAUUUUUUUUAAAUAAAAACGGUUUAGUAGAUUGCUAUAAUUACUGUUCACUUUAUAACUGAUUUUGCUUAUUUGAAGAGUCCGUAUUUAAGAAAAUAACCGUAAAUAGUUAUUUUUCUACAAUUUAAUUGCUACAUAUAUAUUUUUAUUUAUAUAAAAUUCCAGUAAAUUAUUGAACUUUAGUAUGUUUUGUUAAAAUAUUUUUUCUGUAAACUAAUUUGCUAGUUUAUUAAAAUGAAAAUAACUAGAAUUUUUU